AGGAGGAGGACGGCUGCUUCCGGCCACGGGACUGCGAGGAGCCGGUGGUCAGCAGCGCCGCGGAGCUGCUGGGGCUGAUGGGCGAGGCCGCGGGGCGUCGCGCGACGGACGCCACGACCGUGAACUCCACGUCCUCGCGCUCGCACUCCGUCUGCAGGAUCUCGGUCUUGCAGGACGGCAAGGCCGUCGGCCGGCUUCUCCUCGUCGACUGCGCCGGCACCGAGCGUUCCCGCGACUCGCUCUUUUUCAAGGGAGCGACCCAGCGGGAGAGCGCCGAGAUCAAUAGCUCGCUCUUCGCG